AUGUCCAAUCGCUGGGAUCUCGACCAGACUCAUUCCAAACAUCUAUUGCGUCUUGUUAUCGAGAGGGAGAUGACAUUGCACGAUCACACCAAAGGAUCAUUCACCAUUGGCCAGUCCUUCUCAAUCAAACUACUCUCAGCCAUGCUCUCAAUCGUACCCAAAGAGUGCCUGAUCUCAAUCCAUCUCAUCAACACCACGGUAUUGCCAAAUAAUGGCAAGUCUGACCUGCCCCACAUGUCUACCGCAGUCAGCUAUAUCUGCCAGAUUAUAAGUACCCAAACAUGCCUGCCAGAGGUACUAAGGUAUUACAUCAAACAGUGCUACCUACUCAAUCAAGGUACGAGCAGAGGUGGCAAGGCCAUGAUCAGGGACCUGGUCGCUCAAGUGAUCUUUGGUUACUACAUUCCAAAUUGUUUGGACAAGUUCAAAUCAUUGAUCAAUCACAAUUGGAAUAUGGACAAGUUCAUCAAGACCAUGAUCACAUAUGUUACAGUACCCAAGAAGAUACCCUUCAACUUGGAGGAGAAGUAUGGUCUAGAGGCCAAGUUGGACAUGUUCUGUGCCGGUCUACUGCCUGUGGACGAUGCCUCAACAAUGCCUGAUUAUAGCCCAAACAACAACAACAACACCGAUAUUGAACUCAGAUCAAUGAUCAACAAUAAGGAGUUGAUGUACUUGAUGAAUGCACUACAUGUCCGUCCUCAAGAUACUCACGCCAAUGCCGAAGUCGAGCCACUACGCUUGGCAACAUCAUUGCUGAUCACCCAUGGUACUAUUCCAAAGGACCUCUACUUCAAUGUGUCAUCCGAUCCCUACAAAGCCGACAAUCAAUCAGGUAGAAGUACCACUACUUCCAACAACAAUAACAACAACAACAACAAGAACAACAAGAACAACGCCAAGAACAACAACAAUGGACUUCCUUCUACAUGCAGUUCACCAGAGUUCAUAGAAUGUGAGAGACUCCUUUUGGGCUUGUUCAAGUUGAUCAGCAGUGCCCAGCAAGCACCCAUGUGUUUCCUGGCAUCAACAACCACUUGGCGAGAGUUUGUUCAUUAUUACAAAGGCCUAAAUGAUCACAUUGCCGCCCACUCAAAUGCCAUCAAUGAAGCACUAGACCAGUUGGCCGUCAAGACGGCUGGUGAUGGCAACGACUAUGGUGCACUACUCUCACUCUCAAUCAUGACGAAGAUCCAUGAGACUUUGGAUAUUUGUUCCAACGUUCAAUCAUUGGUACGAUGUCAUAAAUCACAAAUGGACAAGUAUGAGAAGAUGGUCACCAAUAAUCUCUUGACCAUACUAUUCAACGAUCAAGAUUACAACACCACCAUGAAUGGUUUCGACCAUGGCUACGAAGAGAUACUCAAAAAUACACCAUGCCAAUGUUCCGUUGACUACCUAGUUGGAUUUGCCGAAUACCCAGGAGCAUGUGAUCCAUGCUCAAAGAUGAGGAAGCUUACCGAGGACCUUCAAUCGUUCUGUCUGGAAAGGAUGAAGGAUUUGGUAGAGAACAAGAAGUAUGCCUAUAUGGCCAAUGACUCAAUAAGGACUGUGGUCAAAGCAAGAUUCAACAGAAUAUUCUUCUCAAUACCCAAACAGGAAUGUAGAGUGCACUUCCUCCAGUUGACCAAUAUUAGUGAGACUCAAGCCGAACAAUUCCUAUUUAAGAAUGUGAAGCGCAACCUAAUUCCAGAAGAUAGAUGGCAACAUGCCGUUGAUCUUUUGAGGAAGUUACCUAAAUAUACUGAUCCAUUGGAUAUGCUCAAGUGUAUAUUACAAUUCAAGGAUGUACUUGGAUCAGUAUACUUACACAAGUAUGGUGAUUUUGGUGGAACGGAUACAGUACUUCCAGUCACAUUAUACCUUGUACAUAGAGCAGGUGUUCCAAACUUUAUGUCAAUCAUUCAACUCAUUAGAAUAUUUAUUGAUUUGGACAAUGUGUUGGACAAGGAUUCUACAAGGACUCAGUUCAAUAUCUUUGCCUCCAAUCUAUAUCAUGCACCUGAUAUUCUAACUGAACAAUAA